AUGGCUGUAUUAGUUUGGACUAAAUAUGGUAAAGCCCUUAUAAAAAAGUUACACGUAUCGCCGGAUGGCUUUCUUCAGUUGGUUUUACAACUAGCCUUCUACCGUAACCAGAAAAAGUUUGCGUUGACUUACGAAGCAUCAACGACGCGUUUAUUCCGAGAAGGACGAACAGAAACUGUUCGAUCAUGUUCCUCGUAUAGUUGUGACUUUGUUCACGCUAUGCUUGAUUCAAAUCGUACUCGUGAGGCAAGAUUGAAAUUGCUUCAUGUUGCUUGUGAUUAUCAUCAAACAAUGUAUCGUGAUGCGAUGUGUGGUAAAGGGGUUGAUCGACAUCUUUUUGCUCUGUACAUUGUUAUGCGCUAUCUAAAAUUUAAGUCGCCAUUCCUAGAAAGAAUAUUUCCUCCCACUUUUUUACUUUCUACCAGUCAAACACCAUUAAAUCAAUGUGGAGAAGAAGUGAAAUACGCCAAUCUGGAUCUCCAUAAAUUUGCUACAGCUGGUGGUGGUUUCGGACCAGUGGCUGAUAAUGGUUAUGGCGUUUCCUACAUUAUUAUUGGAGAAGAUAUGCUUUCUUUCCACAUUUCCUCGAAACAUUCGGCGCAUAAUACAAGUUCGGUAGGACUACGGGAUGAUAUCGUCAAAAGUCUUGAAGAUAUGGGUCUACUUUUACAAGGAUAA